CACCCCUGCUGAGUACAAAUGCAGCGUUUCAGAAACACACACUCAGACACAGAGGCGUGCUCUUUCACGUCACACACACUCAUCAAUCCAAGCAACCAGGACUUAGGGAGAUGCCGGCUGGCAGACACUGACAGCAACAACACCAAUCCGGAUCCUGCGGACUUCCCACCUCAAGUGCAGUUAAAACAAUUCACCGGAGAGACCAUAUUGACCUCCCUCUGCUUUCGAGAGAGCACCUGAUCCCUUCAGGGGAAAAAAGGAACCGACUCUGCUGGAAACACUGCUACAACAGGCCCCAAGCGUAGAGAGAGAGAGACAAGAUGCUGGCUCAAAUCCUUGAACAGAUGUGGGUGAACCCCGAAGUGCUGGAGGCCCUCAGCGAGGAGCAAAAACGAAUUCUCUUUCUGAAGAUGAGAGAAGAGCAAGUACGUCGCUGGAAAGCACGAGAGGAGAAGGAAGAGAGAGAAGGAAGGAGUAACAGGAACACAAGGCCUAAGAAAGCUUCCAGUAAACAAGUGAGCUGGCUCCUCAGUCGGGAUGGCGAAGUGAGCGUGGUUGUGAUCGGGGAGAUGGACGAAUUUAGGUCCUCCAAAGUCCUACAGAACCACAUGAACAACAGACUAACUGAUGGUACGAAGUGCAACCAGACGGUGGACCUGCUGCCAGGAAGUGAUGCCCAGCAGCACAGCAUCAAAGGCGAAGCCAGGCUCCCUCCAACAGAUGUUAAUGAGGAUCCAAGUUCCCCGAACAACCAGUCAUCUGAGGAGGACUGCAGCACUGAUGAGGACCCAAAGGACUCAGCUGAAGACAGUUGCAGUGAAUCAGGCGGCAGCUCGGAGAACGUUAGCGAGCUCAAUCUCGCCUACAGGCCUCAUUUUCAGAGAGAAAGCAAGCUGCAGAUAAAAAGCAGGCAGGCAGACCCAGAGAAAGACCCCCAACAGGACAAAGAAACUUUGUGUCGCACAGAGACGUCAGAAAAUGGAGGCCGCGUGGCUCAGCUGAGGAAGGCAUUCGCAGAAGAACCCUCCAGCAAACCGUCUUCCUGCAACAAACCUCCCCUACCUGUCAAACCAGCUCAUCUACAGAAAAGAAGCACAGCACUCGUCCAUUAAGCCCGGGUAGUUUCCACCCUGCUGUACGUCAACAUCUGACCCCUGAAGAGCCAGAGCUGACGCAAAACGCUGCAGUUGUUUGAACUCCAGCCAACCACAAGCUGUGGAGAAAUACCCUGCAAAAAGGACGUGUGAUUUUGUAUUAUUUUUUUAUUUAAAAUGUCCGCCUCUAAAUGGAGAAGCGUCCGUUGAGCGGAGCAAGACUUUCUACUGAUAUCAGACUUUAUGGAGCAACUACAAUACUGUGAGGUUGAGAUGAAUUUCACAGUCUGUGAACGUUACGGCAGACACUGUGGGACAUGUCCACAGGAAAGAGACACAAACACACCACUCAGUGGAAAAGCACCACGGUUUCCUUACUGGGAUUAUGUAAACUACAAUUGUUUGAAGCUUAAAAGCGUUGAUCAAUCACUCAUAUUCUCCUCCAUGUUCACAUUACUUACCUCUACUCUAGACUUUAUCUUGAUAUUUUUUGAGGAUCAAAUAAAACUACUGAAUUCACAAUAAAA